GACUGUAACAGACCACCGUACACGUAGCAUUCUUCUUAUCUAACAUGUUUAACUACAAUAUUUUAUCAAAUAUUUACCUUCUAAUCGAUUAUUGUAACGCAGGUCCUGUGCACAUCAAUAUAGGAUUUUUAGGAAAAUGGCAGAGAUGAACCGGGGUGAAACAAAACCUGAAAGAAGACUAAUAUUGGUUGGAAAUAAUGGAAGUGGUAAAAGUACCACAGGUAACGCAUUGUUAGGAAGGUACGUGUUUUUUAACGGAAGACUGAAGCGUUGUAAAAUGAUGACUGGAAUGAAUAAAACGCGCAACCUCUCCUUACGCAUAGUAGAUACCCCAGGACUCUUUGAUAUAGACAUUCCAUUUGCUGAAAGAGCACUUGAAAUUCAAAGAUCCGUCGACAUCUGCUCCGGUCCACAUGCAUUUCUGAUCGUAAUUAGCGCCGAAAAAGACAUGACUGUACGUGGUAAAUUCACAGACACUAUCGACAUGAUGCGCCUUAUGUUUGGAGAGAAUGUAUUCGAGAGCGCAAUCAUUGUUUUUACACAUGGAAAAAGCUUCGUCUGUGACAAAGAUUUUCGCCGAUUUUGGACAGAGCAGACGGAAUUGGCACAACUAGUAUCUCAGUGUGAGCAUCGUGUCGUAAGAGUGGAAAAUGUCGAGGAAUGCGUGGACCAAGACGAUGAAAUCAUGAAGAUGGUCAAUGGAAUGUCAAUGAACGGCAUGGCCGUGUCCAACUUCCCGCGGAUAGAAAUACACAGAAGCGUUUUGCAAGAUCACUUAGAAAACUACAAUGGUGACAGCAGUAUUCAAGCGCAAGUUAUUAAAGUGAAACGGGAAAUUGAUGCAAAAAUUGAGAACGUGAAUGCCCUGAAAAGAAGUGAGACAAAAAUUAUUUUGAUUGGCAAGUCUGGAAAUGGAAAGAGUUCAACAGGUAAUACCUUGCUAGGGUAUGAGGCGUUUUAUGCUAAAAGAAGUCUGAAUGCUGUGACAGAAAUAUGCGACUUGAAAACAGGAAGUUUCAUGACACAUAAACUCAACGUUGUAGACACACCAGGACUUUUUGACACUGGGAAGCGUUUAGCUGAAAGAGCACUAGAAGUUCAGAGAGCAGUGAAAAUAUGUCCUGGUCCUCAUGCUUUUUUGCUGGUCUUUAGUGGAGCAAAUCGAAUGACCGAAGAAGAAAAAUUUACUAUUGAUCUCAUGCGUGUGAUGUUUGGCGAGAGGGUAUUUAACAAUACUAUAAUCGUUUGUACUCGCGGAAGCGAGUUUACAUCUGACGCAGAGUUUAAAACCUAUUGGGAAGAACAUGAGGAGUUUAAGAAUCUUGUAGUAAAAUGUAACAGUCGCAUUUUAAGGGUAGAGAACGAAAAUGGAAGGCGAGAUGAAGCAUGGUGGGAUAUUCUCAAUGCGAUUCAAUGCCUUCCUGUGUACACAUACCAAUACUUAGAAAUUCAUAAAAAUACACUGGAAGAACAUUUGAAAUACUACAGUGAUGACAAGCGAGAUAUUCACAAAGAGGUAGCAGACGUGGUUGGAAGACUUGGAUCAAUAUUAUGCAAAGAGACCUGGACAGCGCGACUUGUUGCUGGUGGCGCUUUGCUAGGAACAGUGGCUUGUACAGGCGGGGCAUCUGUUGCGGCUGGGAUGGCAGGGAUAGAACUUGGUACUGUCGGAACAGUGGCUUCUGGUAUGGUGUUUAAUACAAUUGCACAAUUUAGCUGGAGAAGAAUUAAACGAUGGUGGGUGUUGAAAAAACCUGAAUGAAAACUGUUGUUCAUUUCAAAUUAAAGAUAACUUACCGCUGCGAAAGAUUUUCUUUUUGCAAAUGAAUGAUGCCUGUCAGUAUUUGUCGUGAUUUCGCGAUCAUCUUUUGUUACAGGAAAAUCAACAGCAUUCGGUAAUGGUUGUGGAUUGUAUCGGCCUCUUCAUAUAUAUCAUUCAUACCAUCGUUAUCGGGUUUGUGUUUUCAUAGAACUUUGUGCAUUCGCCUUGUCGCAUUCGUUGGAUUUAUUUUGUUAAUAUAUCUCUAACAUAAUAUAUUAUGUGGUGUAUUCAAGUCCAUCCAAAUUGUUCCCCUUAAUGUUUGAUAUUUUUAUCUUAUCUAUCAACUUUAAAUUGUUUUAUUUACUUCCCUGUAAUUUUAAUAGUCAUAAAUAUAAGAAAAGUGCAUUUCUGAAACUCAUGACCCUUGCAUUAAGCAAUGGCAUAAUGUUUUUGUUUGUAUGUUUGUUUGUUGUUGUUGUUUUUUUUUUGUUCUUAUUGUUUUGUUGCAUUAUUUUAGCAUUUGUAAAUGAAUAUUUUAUUACCAUGGACCAUAGAAACGAUAGCUAUUUCAUGUACCUACUCCCGUUUGACUGCACUUUUGUUAAACUACGGUUUUGAAGGGUAAGAAUGGGUUGACUAUGCAGCAUAUAUAAAAGCAGCGAAUUAUGUUAUUAGUUAACAAUAUAGUAAUAGUACUUUAGUUAAUAUCAAAAUAUAAUAGAAUAAUCAUCAUGUUGAGGGUAUCAUCCACAUAAAGCAUGAAGUAAAAGAAGUUUACUGUC